CGCUAGACAUUAAAAGAAAGAAAUUAAAGAAAUUUUACAUCUGCAUACGUUUUACCACACGCCUUAUGAGUUCCCUAGAAGAGCCAUGAGAUAAAUAUGAAACCAACGUUUGAGUUAGUUACAACUGUUUCUUUUAAAAACGUUUCCACACACCAUAUGCUUCUUCAAGCUUUGGAACACUGUGUCUUUCGCUCUUGUAAUGGAAAUAUCCGCCAUAAGAAUGAAUUUUCUCGCGCUGGGUUUGUCUCUGUGUCUUGUUCUUUCGAGUUUCCAUGGCGUUUCUUGUCAGGAUGAUGGUGCUGCUAGUAGGUUGAGUCAUCUGGAUCUAAUCGAACGUGAGUACCAAGAUAGUGUCAAUGCUAUUCAAGGCAAGGAAGAUCAGUCUGCAAGUAUUCAGAGUGAGAACCAGAAGAACACUACAGCGACUGAUAAGAACACUAUUUCUCUGUCUCUAUCAGAUGAAUCUGAGGUUGGAGGAGUGAGUGAUGAAAGUGUUAAAAGUUCGAGUCUGUUGGAUGACAUAGAACUUGAGAUUGAAGCUCAUCUCAAUGGUCUUAACCAAGCUGGAUCCAAAUAUGAUGAAGUAUUAUCUGCUCAGAGACAGAAGAUGUUGGAAGACAUCGAACGCGAUAUGGAAGCUGCUUCAUCAGCAAGUUUGGAACAAAUAAAGACUGAUGAAUUAAGUGAAGGAAUUGAUGAGCAACAAUCUGCAAAGACACAAAGUUUGCUGGACGAGAUCGAACGCGAAUUUGAAACUGCUACAAAAGAUCUUGAACAACUAAAGGUUAAUGACUUCACUGGGGACAAGCUUGACGAAGAACAAUCUGCAAAGAGAAAAAGCAUGCUUGAAGCUAUUGAACGCGAGUUUGAAGCUGCUGUUGAAGGCCUUGAAGAACUAAAGGUUUCUGAUUCUACCGGAAGCAAGGAUGAUGAAGAACAAUCUGCAAAGAGACUAAGCGUGCUGGAAGAGAUUGAACGGGAAUUCGAAGCUGCUACAGAGAGCCUUAAGCAACUUCAAGUUGAUGGUUCGAGUGAAGACACAGAACAAACUGGAAAGAGGCAAAGUAUGCUUGACGAGAUUGAACGUGAAUUUGAAGCUGCUACACGUGAUCUUAAGCAGCUAAAUGAUUUCACUGAAGGAGCUGAUGAUGAACAAUCUGCAAAGAGAAACAGUGUAGUAGAAGAGAUGGAACGUGAGUUUGAAGCUGCUACAAAAAAACUUAAUUAUUUAGCUGAAGGCAGUGACAAUGAAGAACAAUCUGCAAAGAGGAAGACUAUGCUUGAAGAGAUGGAACGUGAAUUUGAAGCUGCCAUUGGAGGUCUUAAACAGAUCAAAGAUGACGAAUCUAAGUACACUGAAGAACAAGCAUCUAAGAGAAAGAUAAUGUUGGAAGAGAUCGAACGCGAAUUCGAAGAAGCUCGAAGUGGCUUUAGCACAAAUGCUAAUAAAGAAGGAUCUGCAAAGAAACAUAGUAUUACAUUAGAGUCUCUUGGACUAGGACAGUCAGGUGUCUGUGGCUGUUUUAAUCAAGACAAAGCUGGUUUAAAGCAAGACGAAGAUGCUUCAAUCGCUAUAUCAACAAAAUAUAGCAUAGAAGAGAUCCUCACUGAAGAAUCUUCACUCCAGGGCACAGAUACUUCUUCUAGUCUCACUAAGUCUUUGACUCAACUAGUUGAGAAUCACAGGAAAGAAAAGGAAUCUCAUAAUGUGCACACUUCAUCCACAAGUGAAUCAGCAGCCACAUCAGAGACUGUAGAGAGCCUUAGAGCUAAACUGAGAGAGCUUCGUGGCUUAACCGCUCGUCAGCUCGUGACACGCCAAGAUUUUGAGAGCAUUAUCCUUAUGGCUGCAACUUUCGAAGAGCUAAGCUCAGCUCCCAUCAGUUACAUUUCUAGGUUAGCUAAAUACGGAAACGUCAUAAAAGAAGGACUUGAAGCUUCUGAGAGAGUCCACAUGGCAAAGGCAAGAGCCACAAUGCUCAAAGAGACUUCCAGGGAGAAGCAGAUCUUCGUGGACGCUAACUUCGAAGAGGCUAAGAAGCUUGCUCAAAGAGGAGACGCCUUGUACGUUAGAAUCUUUGCGAUCAAGAAACUGUUGAAGAAGCUUGAAACUGAGAGAGAAUCUGUUGAUGUGAUGUUUAAGGAGAUUGUGAAAGGUCUUUCUCAUCUUCUUGUUGAUGCUUCUGAGGCCUAUGAAGAGUAUCAUGGAGCUGUAAGGAAGGCUAAAGACGAGCAAGCAGCUGAGGAGUUUGCGAGAGAGGCAACGCAGAGUGCAGAGAUGAUAUGGGUUAAGUUUCUUAGUUCUCUUUAGAGAACAGUUGAGAUUCUUUGUUUGUCUUUAGAGCAAGUCUAGAGCUCUUGUUGGUUAUUGUUUUCUACUUUGUGUUUAUGUUCUGUUUCAGACUUUGUGUGUCGGUUAUAUCAGGAGAGAGAGAGAUUUGGGAGAUAGAGAGGGGAAAACAAAUAAUGUUUAUUUUAGAUUUCUAAUAAAAUAAGCUUCCAAUAA